GACCACCAGGGGGAGGUGGGAAGAAAAGAGAACCCCGAACGAAGUUGGAGCGCUCGGUCGAGACCGCUGCCAUUCCUCCGCCAGCUUUUUUUGCAGGAACUAGCGCGCCUCGCCUUCUAUUCCUUCCCGCCUUGGGCUGCCGCAGCCUCCCCGUGGAUUAUCACCCGAGCUACCGUCCCUUGUUUGCUUUCCUCGUUCUUGGGGGAGGUUCGGUUGGCUUCGGCUUGUCAAGUUUGCUCCGCUGUCCUUUGUAAGGAGGAGGGCGGUGGGGGGAAACUAAGAGGAAAAGGAGCAUCUCGGAGGAUACAGAGAAGACCCCCACCUACCCACCUAUCCCCACUGGUGGUCUCUUUUUGGGGAGGGGGUCUUUUCCCCCACUCCCUUUGUUUCUUCCUGCCCAACCCCAAACCUUUUUUUUUUUUUGGCUUCGCCAUGGUGGCUAUUGGGAGAAGGAGGAGGACGAGAGCAUGAAGCCUCCAGGAUGGGUGCAAACAAUGGCAAGCAGUACGGCAGUGACGGUAAAGGCAGCUCAAGCAUCUCAUCCGACGUGAGCUCAAGUACCGAUCACACUCCAACCAAGACUCAGAAGAAUGCCGCCACCAGUGAAGAUUCCGACCUGAGCAUGCGCACUCUGAGCACUCCCAGUCCUGCGCUAAUAUGUCCACCAAAUUCACACAGCUUGCAAAAUGGAAAAGAAUCUUCUACAUCUUCAUCUUCGGUCACCGGAGAGACCAUUGCAAUGGUUCACUCGCCUCCUUCCACUUGCCUCACCCACCCUUUCAUUCAUGCUGCCUCUCGGCUUCAAAAAGAACAGGCCAAUAUCAACCGGCUUCCUGACCUUUCUGUGAUCCAGAUAUUUUCUUUUUUGCCCACCAACCAGUUGUGCCGUUGUGCCCGCGUGUGCCGUCGCUGGUAUAAUCUUGCUUGGGACCCACGACUUUGGAGGACUAUUCGCCUGAUAGGGGAGACAAUCAACGUGGACAGGGCUCUCAAGGUGCUGACACGACGACUUUGCCAGGACACCCCAAACGUCUGUCUCAUGCUGGAGACGGUAAUUGUUAGUGGCUGCAGGCGGCUCACAGACCGAGGACUUUACACCAUUGCUCAAUGCUGUCCAGAACUGAGGCAAUUGGAAGUAUCUGGUUGCUACAACAUUUCCAAUGAGGCGGUUUUUGAUGUAGUAUCCUUGUGUCCAAACUUGGAACAUUUAGAUGUAUCAGGUUGUUCCAAAGUGACGUGCAUCAGCUUAUCCCGCGAAGUUUCCAUCAAGUUAUCUCCUUUACACGGCAAACAGAUUUCUAUUCGCUACUUGGACAUGAGUGACUGUUUUGUCCUCGAGGAUGAAGGACUGCACACCAUUGCCACCCAUUGCACUCAGUUGACACAUCUCUAUUUGCGCCGCUGCAUCCGCAUUACCGAUGAAGGCCUCCGGUACCUGAUGAUUUACUGCCCUUCCAUCAGGGAGUUGAGUGUGAGCGACUGCCGCUUUGUCAGUGACUUUGGCAUGCGCGAGAUUGCAAAGCUGGAGUUCCGCCUGCGUUAUCUCAGCAUUGCCCACUGUGUCCGCAUCACUGAUGUCGGUCUCCGAUACAUUACUAAAUACUGCAGCAAGCUGCGUUACCUCAAUGCACGAGGCUGUGAAGGCAUCACAGACCAUGGAAUUGAAUACCUGGCCAAAAAUUGCACAAAACUCAAAUCACUGGACAUUGGGAAAUGCCCUCUGGUCUCUGACAUUGGCUUGGAGUUUCUGGCUCUGAACUGCUUCAACUUGAAGCGACUGAGCCUGAAGUCAUGUGAAAGUGUCACCGGACAAGGCCUGCAGAUUGUAGCAGCCAAUUGCUUUGACCUGCAAAUGCUGAACGUUCAGGACUGUGAGAUUUCAGUGGAAGCUUUGCGGUUUGUUAAGCGCCAUUGUAAGCGCUGCAUUAUAGAGCAUACUAACCCUGCCUUUUUUUGAAGUGAGAGUCAUACUUGUUGCUGAAACAAAAGAUUAAAAUUGUUUGUAUGUACAUGCGCACAAUUUGCCCGCAUAUGCAACUGUACCUUUCUUAUAUCAGGAGUAGCAACAUAGACUUUGGCCAUCUACGUUGGUCCCUAUAUGAUAUCUUUUAGCAGCCUUACUCAACUCUUCAACUUCUGAAAAUUGCAUAAAAUCAUCACUCUCUGGCCUUUCAGGUUACUGAGCGAAUGAUAUGUAUGUAGAGUUCAGAAAUCCCAAGGAACUAACAAGUCUAAAUUUGUUGUUGAUGUCAAACAUCCUGGGGUCUAAUUCAGAGAAAGUUUAAUUUUAACUCCUUGAAAACUUGUUGGAAAAGAUAGUUAUGAAAAAAGUUUGUUGUUCUCUUUGGAACUUUGUCACGGCUAUCUUUAGCUAAAUUGGAAUGAUAAAAACCUACCCUCUUUUAAGACUGUGUUUGGUUUUACAUGUUUGUGCCAUAAUUAUUGCAAAAACAAAAGUUACCAAAGUGCAAUACUUUUAGCACCUCUGCCCUUUCUAGCUAUUGUAAUUAUGCAACUGUAAGAGAUCAAGCACACAUGUAUUUUAAUUAUGAUUCUCAGUUCUGAAUGAGUUCCCUACUUUUCCUGCUCGCUGGUGCCUCUGAGGAGUUCUAGUAAGAGUUUUUCUCUAGU